GAAUUGAAACUGCUCUUAACAUCGGAGCUAGUGUCAUACCCGGAGGAUCUUUUGUAAAAAAAACGCUAAAAAAAGGUGUCAAAUAUGCUUUAAAAGGAGCUAAAUUCGGAGUUGGAGCAACAAAAGAUUUCUUGGCUGGCGGAAACUUUGACUUUGACGGAUUAUCUGCCGACAUUGGAGAUUUAAAGAAUGGUUUAGCCGGUGCAAAAGCACAAAUUGAAAACCAAAGCAAGGAAUUACACGGCAAAAUUGAUAAGAAACUCAACAA